AUGGUGCUCCACCCUCAUCAGGUCAACUAUCCAUUGAGGUCAACAACCAGCAAUGCCGUACUGACAACAGGAGUUGAAGAGCAGAUCCCAACAUCUGAGAAGCAGGAGAAACCUGUCCCAAAUGAUGUGAAGCUCAUGGCCACAACCCUUGAGGGGAGCAGAUGUAAGAUGCUGCGGGACCCGGCCUGUUUCCUGCAGCUCUGCCGCGACCUCCGCUGCGUCCCCAACAUUUGGGCGCUGCACGAGUGGGGCAACUGGCUGACUCCGGUGCUCAGGGCUGGCCGGGGCGGCCGCCGCUACGAUACCGCCUUCUACCUGUGCUGCCUUGAGGAGCGGCCUCUGCACACGUCGCAGGACGAGCAGGAGGUGACAGGCUUCCAGUGGUCAACCCCUCCAGAAGCUAUUGAACUUUUUAAGUCUCAAGAAAUAUGGUUUGCUCCACCUCAGUUCUAUGAAUUAAGUAGGCUCUGCAACUUUUCUUCACUUUGUGACCUGCAUAGGUUUGGUUCUGACCGUGCUUUAGAAGGGUGUGAACGUUGGAUGCCUGUUACGUUGACUGCUUCAGAUGGCUACAUUGAUCUGUUACCAGGGGAUGAGCUGUAUCCAGAAGACCCAGAUUAUACAGGAGAAAAGAAACUUUUUUUGUCAACAGAUAAGAAGGUUGAAGAGCUAAUGAAAGAAGACACUAGACUUCACAGAAUAGUGGUAAGAGCCAUAAACUCCAUCAUGCUGUGCAGGGUCAUCCACCUGGGAGACUUGGACCCCAUCAUGGCUGGAUUUGUCACCCUGGGCUUCCCCAAUUGCAGGGGAGCCAUAGAUGGAUCCCACAUCCCUAUCCAGGCCCCAGAACACCUAGCUGCCCAGUACAUCAACUGCAAGGGCUGUUUUCCUAUGGUCCUGCAGGCCAUGGUCGACCACUGUGGACAGUUCACAGACAUUUUCAUUGGCUGGUCAGGGAGGAUGCACAACGCCCGCAUGUUCAGAAACUCCAGCCUCUAUCAGAAGCUAGAGACUGGUACUUCCUUCCCCCAGCAAAAGAUCAUGGUUGGGGACAUGGAGAUGCCACUGUGCAUCGUGGGGGACGUGGCCUACUCUCUCAUGCUGUGGCUUAUGAAGCCGUACAUCAGCCAUCUGGACCCAAGCAGGGACCGUUUCAAUGUCUAGCUGGGUAGGGCCCACAUCCAGGUGGAAUGCACCUUUGGGUGCUUGAAGGAGCAGUUCAGGUGCCUCCUGACCCAUCUGGAUGUCGGGAACACAACAUUCCCCAGGUAGUCUCUGCAUGUUGUGUUCUUCACUACGUUGUGGAGAGCUAGGGUAAGGCCUUCCUACCGAGGUGGAGGCCGAGGGACAGACCUUCAAGCAGCCACACGUAGCUGCCAUCCACCAGGUCCGUCAAGUAGGGGGCUGCAUCUGGGAGGCCCUGAGAAAGUUUCUCUAAAG